AUGAACCCCGACGCGCGGCCGUGCGUCGGCGUGCGGAUCGCGGUCCCGGCGACGUACCAGCUCACGCCGCCGGUGAGCCUCCCGCCUCUCGAGACGAGCGCGGACGCGGCCGCGGACGCCGCCGACGACGCGCGCUUCGACACGACGCGCGAGCGCCAGGUCCUCGCGGAGGAGACGUCGCCGUCGACGUCGCCGUCGCCGUCGCCGUCGACGUCGGCGCGCGGCGCGCCCGCGGAUCCGACGUCGCUGGACGCGACCGUGCGACGGGUGCUGGACGGACCGGAGGACCCCACGAUCGAAAAGUUCCUCCGCAUGGGGUAUCCGCGCGACGCCGUCGCCCUCGGCGUCGCGAUGUGGGGCGACGAUCCGACGAAAGUCCCGGAGUUUUGCACGUUCUUCGCGCGAGGGAUCGAGUUCGGGUUUCCCCCGCACGUCCUCGCGGGCGCGCUCGCGGCGAACGACAACAACCUAGAAGCCGCCAUCGGGUGCUGUAUCAAGUGA